AUGACCAAGCCAUCCCUCAAGCAAACAACAUUAAACGCUCUCGCCAACUCCUUCACGCCAGCAAGCGCCCUCGCACUCGGCAAGAAGAAGGCCACCGCCACCGAAGCCAACGCCAAGAAGGGAAUCAAGCGCAAGACCGGCAGAAAGGGCCUUCGAAACAUCCAACCCCCCCAAGCGUCAGUCCCCAGCAAAACGCAAAACCCACCACCGAACCCAGCGAUACUGACACCCAAAACCACCAGCCCAUCAGAAGACGACGCCAAACCCCCCAAACCGCGACAGCCUCCCUCCCUCUCGUCGGGCGGCAUCCCCUCCCCCUCCACGCACUACCUGACGCAGUCCCUCGCGCCGCCCACGCUGCUCCCCCAGCCGCGCCGCAUCCUCGUCAUCCUCGACCUCAACGGCACCCUCCUCCACCGGCCCUCGCCCCGGCGCCCGUCGCACUUCGUCGAGCGCCCCCACGCCCGGAGCUUCCUCAAGUACUGCCUCGACACGUUCCACCUGGCGAUAUGGUCGUCCGCGCGGCCCCAAAACGUAAACAACAUGGUCGCCCAGCUCCUCACGCCCGACGAGUGCGCGCGCUGCGUCGUCGUCUGGGCCCGCGACCGCCUCGGCCUCUCGGGCGACGACUACGACGCCCGCGUCCAGGUGUACAAGAGGCUCUCCAGCCUCUGGGACGACCCGCGCGUCAGGGCCUCCCACCCGGACGCCGCCGCCGGCUCGUGCUGGGACCAGUCCAACACCGUGCUGGUCGACGACUCGCGCGAGAAGGGCAGGAGCGAGCCCUACAACAUCCUGCCCGUGCCCGAGUUCUCCGGCCUGCAGGCUGAGUCGCCCCAUGUCUUGCCCCAGGUUCACGAUUACCUGAACGCACUGUGCUUCCAGGCCGACGUCAGUCGGUACAUGCGCGAAAAUCCAUUCCGUUUGGACUCUGGGUACACCUUACCGGGGGCCUCUUGA